GAUAAUUUCCUACGUGUGCUUUGUUUUGACUUACAUAGUUUUAAGGAUUUUAAGCAAAUGAGAUUUCGGUUUAAUGUGAGGAGAACCCAGUAUUACCACAGACUUAUUGUCAGGAUGAUAACUUUGUGUUCGCUUUGCAGUUUAUAAUUUUAAGUGUUAAUAGCGAAGUUGUUGAACAAAAUGAAUUAUAUGAAAUUGUUAAACACAUUCGAGCAGAAGGUAUCCGAAUGAAAACAACGUUAGAAGCUUUACAGCAAGAUAUAAGAUUAUUAAAAAGUGAAAACCAUGGCCUCAAAAAAGAAAUAGCAAAUAUGAGAAAGAAUGGACACUUACACAGCGAGAUAUGCGACGCGAUAGUAGGAAUGAAUGAAGAAGGAAUGGACGAAGAUCUGGCUAAACUGUUAUAUCACAAAAGAUUUUUAAUACCACCGAAAGGUACAACAAUCCCACCGAGAGGAACGACAGAAUCCGUGAAAACGACGUCUGCUUCAAACACAGAGACGCCAAAAGCUGCUUUUUCAGCGUUCCUCAACAACCCUAUAGACUGGUCAACAUCCGGCAAACAGUUCACCGCCGUAUUCGACAGUGUCGUCUCAAAUGUGGGCGGAGCUUAUGAUCCUACAACAGGGAUAUUUACUGCACAGACAAAAGGGACAUACUAUUUCUCCUCUGCUGUUAAGAGUGACGGUCAUCAUUUCAAUGAAAUUUAUUUAAUUACAAACAAUGACAUUGUCUGUAGUUGGGAUAAGGGUGCAGAUGAGAGCGGCUCGGUUGCCACGGUGAUAACUUUAGAUGCUGGGGAAAGGGUGUAUGUUCAACAUUAUCUCUGGAGAAAAGAUUACUCUAAUAUUUGGUAUUCAGCCUCCUUUACCGGAUUCCAAAUAUAACAACGUUGUUUCAUUUACUAAACAUAUAAGCUUUUGUAUUUUUUGGUGAAGGUUUACCUUGAAGAGAGAAUUGCAUUAGAAACAUUCUUCAUUGAAUUUUAAGUCAGUUUAUUAACUGUUAAUCACCCCUAGGCUGUGCAUAAUUUACCCAAACCUUUUAACAUUUUUCAGUGUCAAUAAGUGUUUUAAAAUUAUGACACUUCAUAAUCUUAAGACAUUUUGUAAACGAAAGAGUAUUGCGGGUUUUUGUUGUUGUUGUUGUUUUUUUGCUUUGAUGCAUACUAUGGCAAAUACAUGUAAUCUGAAAGUGCAAAAUAUAUUGUUGGCAGCGAAUGGGUCAGACUGAGUCAAUAAAAGUUCUUUUCCUGUCAAAGUAUAGAUGCAUGCAUAACAUUUAGCUGUAUAUUAAAUUACAUAUGUGCCAGUCAAUAGUUUCACCCUAAGCAUUCAGUCCAUUAUUCUUUUUUUGGCCGAUAAUGAAUUAAUAUUGAUUAAAAACACUCUACUAAUUAUACAUCCAGCAUCUAUUUAUUAUCGUACUGUUUUAUCUUUUCAUUUUUGCUUUAUCUUGUGGUAAUCGAAACUAUCAGUUGUUUUGGUAAAAGAAAAAUUCAGGGGUGUAUCUCUAAUGCAAUGGCGACAUGCAAAGCAAACAUGAACAAGACUGGGAAAAAAGCAAAACUGUAUUUGUUUAAGACGUGCAAUUAGACCUGCCUUCAUAAAUUAUUAAUAUUUUUACGUGGUUGUAAUUUACUUGGAGAAGAUUUUGAGGAAAGAUCUUUUCUGAGAAACGAAAUUAUUGAAUCUUGUCACUGUUUAAAACCUUGUUUUUCAGAAAUUAAUAUUUCGUCGUAUUUUUUGCCAGAUCGUUUUCAUUAGCAGCCGCGAACAAUCCCGAAUUGGCGAGUAAAACGCCUUUCUGUAAUAAAUAUAUAGUAAAAUGUU